UUGUACCGUCCGGCAAUGCCGGAAGUAGCGGCGGCGGUUGCAGAGCGGUAAUCCAUGAAUAAAGUCAUGGCAGCUGCCAGCAAUGAGGCACAGCAUCCUCUGGAUCCUGGAAUCCCUAAGUUGCAGUUUGCUCCCUUCAGUAGUGCCUUAGAUGCAGGAUUCUGGCAUGAACUAACACAGAAAAAACUCAAUGAGUACCGAUUGGAUGAGACUCCAAAGAUUAUCAAGGGAUACUACUACAAUGGUGACCCUUUGGGUUUGCCAGCUCGCUUGACAUUGGAGUUCAGUGCCUUUGAUAUGAAUGCUCCAAUACCAGCACGUUGCUGUCCUGCUUUUGGAACGUUAUAUAAUACUAACACUUUUGAGACUUUCAAGUCCUGUGACAAGAAGUCACUUCUGGAUAGAGAAGCAAAUGAGAUAUGGGAAUCAAUAAAAUCUGGAGCUGCUCUUGAAAACCCUAUGCUCUUGAAUAGAUUCCUGCUCCUGACAUUUGCAGAUUUAAAGAAGUACCAUUUCUAUUAUUGGUUUUGCUACCCUGCUCUUUGCUUCCCAGAUGGAAUACAUAUUAUUCAGAAACCAGUGUGUCUGGGUGACAGAUUCCCAUUAAAUCAGAUCCAGGCACUUCAGAAAGCAUAUGAUGAACUUUGCCAGGCAGAAGGGGUCACAGCAUUACCUUACUUUUUAAUUAAGUAUCAUGACAAUACUGUGGUGAUAUCUCUGCUCAAAAAGUGGGAUGUUUUCUUCCAAGAGCAAGGGGAAAAGGUGACAGUUGGAGUUUAUGAUCCAUGUAAUUUAAGCCACUAUCCUGGGUGGCCUUUGAGAAAUUUCCUGAUUCUGGCAGCUCACAAAUGGGGCAGGAGUCUACAGUCACUCGAAGUACUGUGCUUCAGAGACAGGACCAUGCAAGGAGUGAGAGAUAUAACACACAGUAUUAUCUUUGAAAUAAAGCUUCCACAGAGACUCCUUGGGACAGACUGCCCAAAGGCUGUUGGAUGGGAGAAGAAUCAGAAGGGAGGCAUGGGUCCAAGGAUGGUGAAUCUCAGUGAAUGUAUGGAUCCAAAAAGGUUGGCAGAAUCAUCGGUGGAUCUUAAUCUAAAAUUAAUGUGCUGGCGAUUGGUCCCUACUCUUGAUCUGGAGAAAGUCAUGUCUGCUAAGUGUCUGCUGCUAGGAGCUGGUACUCUAGGUUGUAGUGUUGCAAGGACCUUGAUGGGUUGGGGAGUCAGGAAGAUUACAUUUGUGGACAAUGCAAAGAUCUCCUACUCCAAUCCUGUACGACAACCACUGUAUGAAUUUGAGGACUGUCUUGGUGGUGGGAAGCCUAAGGCACUUGCAGCAGCAGACAGGUUGCAGAAAAUCUUCCCAGGAGUGAAUUCAGAGGGAUAUAACAUGAGCAUCCCUAUGCCAGGCCAUCCAGUGAAUUUUUCUGAAAUAACGAUGGCACAAGCUCAGAAGGAUGUGGCUAAACUUGAACAACUUAUUGAUGCUCAUGAUGUUGUUUUCCUACUAAUGGACACAAGAGAGAGUCGAUGGCUUCCUGCUGUCAUUGCAGCUAGCAAAAGAAAGUUGGUCAUCAAUGCUGCAUUGGGAUUUGACACAUUUGUUGUUAUGAGACAUGGACUAAAGAAACCAAAACAGCAAGAAUCUGGUGAUUCAUAUUUCAGCAGUACCUCUGGUUCUUCUGAUCUUGGAUCAUCACUCUUUUCAAAUAUCCCUGGCUAUAAACUGGGUUGCUAUUUCUGCAAUGAUGUUGUGGCACCAGGGGAUUCCACCAGGGAUCGGACACUGGACCAGCAGUGUACAGUCAGUCGACCUGGAUUAGCCAUGAUAGCUGGGGCUCUUGCAGUGGAAUUAAUGGUUUCUGUUAUGCAGCAUCCAGAAGGUGGUUAUGCUGUGGCGAGCAGUAGUGAUGAUAGAAUGAAUGAACCACCUACUUCACUUGGACUUGUCCCUCAUCAGAUACGUGGUUUUUUAUCAAGAUUUGAUAAUGUUCUUCCAGUCAGCCUAGCAUUUGAUAAGUGCACAGCGUGUUCACCUAAAAGGUUUUUCUUACAGUAUUAACUAACUGAAGUAAGAGAAAGUCCCUGAAGGUGAUGGAAUGUCCCAUUUCAGCUAGAGCCUCUGUAAAUGAAACUUCAAUUGAAAGGAGAAGACUCAUCAGCAUUUGAAGUCUGUCCGAGUUUGAAGUCUGUUCUUUCCCUGGGGAAAGAAUUGAAAUCUCAGAAUCAUAAAAUAGUUGGAUUUGGAAAGGACCUUUGAAGAUCAUCUAACCUAACCCCCCAGCACAAGCAGGAUCACUUAAGGCAAAUUGCUUAGCACCCACUCUGUCCAGGUGGGCUUUGAAUAUCUCCAAGUUUGCACUUUCUAGAGCCUCUCUGGGCAAUGUGUUGUAGUUUUCUACCAUACUCUGAGGGAAGAAGUCUUUUUGUGUGUGUGCAUGUGUGCACAUCCAUGUAGAAUGUACGUGUGUGCACAUCCAGGUAGAAUUUAAAUUGGUGUUUGUUACCUCAUACCCAAUCCCUGGGCACUGCUGAGAAGAGCUGUGU